AUGGCGGUCUCCAUGCCCGCUGAGGCCUCGCGGCUGACGAAAGUUCUGGCCAACCUAAAGCACACGUUCGUCGUCAGCGAUGCGACUCUGCCGGACAUGCCGCUCGUCUUCGCGAGCGAGAGUUUCUACGACAUGACCGGUUACACUGCGGAGGAGAUCCUCGGUCGGAACUGCCGCUUCCUCCAGGGAGAGGGCACGGACCCCAAGGACCGGCAGAAGAUCCGCGCAGCAAUCAAUGCUGGCAAGGGCGUGUCGGUGCGGUUGCUGAACUACCGCAAGGACGGCACGCCGUUCUGGAACCUGCUGACGAUCACGCCGAUCAAGACGGCGGACGGCAAGGUCUCCAAGUUCGUCGGGGUGCAGGUCGACGUGACGAACAAGACGGAGGGCCGCGCGGAGAACACCGCGUCGCUGGUCAACUACGACGACCGGCUGCGGCACAACGUCGCGGAGGGCAUCGUCAGCGAGGUGACCAACCAGGUGCAGGAGGCCGAGUUCGAGAAGGACGGCAAGACGCCGAAGCCCAAGGCGUUUCCGCGCGUGGCGAUCGACCUGGCGUCGACGGUGGAGCGCGUGCAGCAGAACUUCGUCAUCGCGGACCCGAACCUGCCGGACUGCCCGAUUGUGUUUGCGUCGGACGCCUUCCUGGAGCUGACGGGGUACGCGCGCGAGGAGGUGCUCGGGCGCAACUGCCGCUUCCUGCAGGGCCCCGAGACGGACCCGGCGAGCAUCGACGCGAUCCGCAAGGCGCUGGCGACGAACGAGGAGGUGACGGUGAAGAUCCUGAACUACACCAAGCAGGGGCGGCCGUUCUGGAACAUGUUUACGCUGGCGCCGAUCAAGGACGUGGACGGCACGGUGCGGUUCUACGUGGGCGUCCAGGUGGACGUGACGGACCCGGCGCACGCCAAGGCGUACCAGAUGGAGCAGAUGGAGCAGCAGGCGCUCAAGGGCGCCGUGCAGGACCUGGGGAUGGGGUACGGCGGCGCGAACGACCCGUUCCGCUCGCUCGCGGACGAGAAGAUCCGGUUCAAGCCGCACCGGUCGGCGGACCCGGCGUUCCAGGCGCUGCUCAAGGCGCAGGAGGGCGGCCCGCUGACGCUGGCCAACUUCUCGCGCGUGACGCAGCUGGGCGCGGGCGACGUGGGGCUGGUGGAGCUCGUGCAGCUCAAGGGGACGGACCAGCUGUUCGCGAUGAAGACGCUGUCCAAGUCGGAGAUGAUUGAGCGCAACAAGGUGGCGCGCGUGAUGACGGAGGCGCGCAUCCUGGGGCAGGUCGACCACCCCUUCCUGGCCAACCUGUACCACACGAUGCAGACCGACACGCACCUGCACUUCAUCAUGGAGGUGUGCGACGGCGGCGAGCUCUACGCGCUGCUCAACGCGCAGCCCUCGAAGCGCCUCCAGGAGAAGCACGUGCGCUUCUACGGCUCGGAGGUGCUCAUAGCGCUGCAGUACCUGCACCUCCUCGGCCACAUCUACCGCGACCUGAAGCCCGAGAACAUCCUCGUGCACGGGUCGGGCCACGUCAUGCUCACCGACUUCGACCUGUCCUACUCCAAGGGCGUGUGCGAGCCCCGCAUCGUCAAGGUCGGCGGGUCGCGCGCCAAGAAGGGCGCCGCGCUCCCCAACUACUUCCUCGUCGCGGAGCCCUACGCCAAGGCCAACUCGUUCGUCGGCACGGAGGAGUACCUCCCGCCAGAGAUCAUCGCGGGCACGGGCCACAGCGCGACCGCGGACUGGUGGUCGUACGGCAUCCUCCUCUACGAGCUCCUCUACGGCUUCACGCCCUUCCGCGGCGCCCGGCGCGACGACACCUUCGAGAACAUCCUCAAGCGGCCCCUGGUCUUCCCCGCCAAGCCCGUCGUCUCCAAGGAGUGCCAGAGCCUCAUCCAGGCGCUCCUGCAGCGGGACCCCUCCAAACGGCUCGGCGCCAAGCGCGGCGCGGACGAGAUCAAGGCGCACGAGUGGUUCCGCGGCAUCAACUGGGGGCUCCUCCGGCAGGACCCCCCGCCCUUCAUCCCACGAUCCAAGCAGGCCCCGCAGCCCGCCGAACAGUUCAAGGAGUACUAG